GUGUUCUGUGUUCUCUCUCCCAAACACUUUGUGCUCUCUCCCACCCAAACACCCUGUGCUCUCUCCCUCUCCCACUUACCCAUGUCUCCUCCCCAUUCCCCCUUUAUCUCUAUCUUCCUCUCUGUUCUUCUUCUUUCCUACCCUCCCUCUUCGCUCGCUCCCGAUGCUACACUCCAAUCCUCGAUUUCUGCCUCUCCCCUUGUCUCUCACUCGAUUUCUGCUUCUCCCCCCUCCUCCCUUCUCUCUUUGUCGAGCCGUGUCUCUAACUCAGCUCGCAAGAGAUUGUUGAGUUUAUGUAAGAUUGAUGCUGAGCUAAGAAGCACGGGUGCGGGUACGAGUACGGUACGGGUGCAGGUACGAGUACGCCGAUAUGGCAAGAUCCCAAAAAGGUAUGAUACGGAAGUUAAUGGUGCAUUAGUGACCGGGCAUAAAGGCUGAAGGCUUCUUCUCUCUCCCAUAUACAUGUAUAAAUUGAGACCCUCCUGUCAAGUCUCAAACACAAAAAUUAUUGUUUCCUUUUUACAAGUCAGUUUGCUAGAAAGUUUCUACAGUGAGAGAGUGCUGCCAUGGUUUUGUUCACUAAGCUAAACAGAAAGUGCUUCUGCAGUAGCUGUUUUUAACCGUCGUAUCCUGGGAGAUAGACGCCAGAAUUCCUCAAGCACUCAACCUAUGAGGCGGCAAAAUUUGUUUUAAGGAAACUGUUACAGUGCAGGCUUCAGCUUGCUUUCUUUACCAUUUUAUUGUAUUGUGUAUUUCUGUUGCAAUUCUCAGCAUGUGUUCUUGGUUUUUUUUUUUUAUAAUUUAUUCGUGAAUCUAUUUAUUUAAUUUCACAAUUUGAACAACAUUGCAUUAGCCUUUAUGCUACCCUCAUGAUAACUAGCAUUAUUUUUUGUGUUUGGACCAUAUUAAACUUGUAAGAACCUAUUCAUUUAGCGUUGUGGAAGUGUAAAUCAUUUCAGUAAGUUGUUCUAUUGGAAUCA